AUGCUAAGGUAUAAUCUCCGGCUGAACCCAAAGAAAUGUGCCUUCGCGGUGCAAGGCGGAAAAUUCUUGGGAUACAUGGUGACCAAACGAGGCAUCGAGCCCAACUCGGAAAAGGUCCAGGCCAUCAUCGAUAUGCAGCCUCCCAGCACCGUCAAAGAUUUGCAACGAUUGACUGGUCGGUUGGCUGCCCUCAGUCGCUUCUUAAGUAAGGCGGCAGAUAAAACUAUACCUUUCUACGAGGCGAUGAAGAAGAAAGAAGGUUUCGCCUGGACGACCGAGUGCCAGCAAUCGUUCGAGGAACUAAAGCAGUACCUUUCUACACCUCCGGUGUUGUCCACCCCACGGGAAGGUGAGCCUUUGUUUUUGUACUUGGCCGCCUCCCCCAAGGCGGUGAGUUCGGUACUGGUUCGGGAAGAGGAGCGUGCCCAGCACCCGGUCUACUACGUAAGCCGGUCCUUAAAGGCCGCCGAGACACGGUACACAGCCUUGGAGAAGCUUGUCUAUGCACUAGUAAUUACCGUACGCAAGUUAGCGCCCUAUUUCCAAGCCCAUACUGUCCGGGUACCGACCGACCAGCCGCUGAGGAGCAUACUGCGAAACCCAGCGUCGUCAGGACCAUUGGUAAAAUGGGCCGUGGAGUUAACCCAGUACGGGAUCGAGUAUCAGCCGCGACCAUCCAUAAAAGGGCAAGCCUUGGCCGAUUUCCUGGUCGAAUGCACGGCAGGGGAAGAAGAGAAAGAGCACACCAUGGAAGACCGUUCAGGCGUAUGGUGGGAAAUGCACGCGGACGGAGCGGCGAGUCGACAACACUGUGGAGGCGGAAUCAUGCUGGUCACUCCAGAGGGGUUCCGACUCUACUACGUCCUAAGCUAUUUGUUCCCGACGUCUAAUAACGAAGCCGAGUAUGAGGCUAUGUUGGGCGGCCUUCGACUCGCCAAGGCCUUGGGAUCAGAACGAUUGCGGAUCAAAACUGAUUCCCGGUUAGUAGUGGGACAGAUUUCCGGCACCUGCGAGGCUAAGAACGUCUGGAUGACCCAGUAUAAGGAGAAGGCGAUAGAAAUGCUGAAAGAGUUCGGAACGUAUGAAAUAGAGCAUAUCUCCCGGGUGGACAACACCAAGGCCGACAUAUUAUCGAAAAUCGCCUUAGAAGGAAUACCGGAUCACCUCGCCAAGAUUUUCCAAAAGGAGGAGUUAAGACGUCCGAGUAUAGAGGAAAUACCAUGGGAGGUCCAACAGGUAAAUGUCGAGGAAUGGGAUCGAGAGCAAAACCCCGAGAUGUUCUGGAUAGAAGACAUCCGGCGGUUUAAGGAAACAGGAGAAUUACCAGAGGAUCCAGGAGUCGCUGCAAGGAUUCGACGAAAAACCCCUUCAUUCCAGAUCAUUGAUGGACAGAUGUACAAGCAGUCGUUCGGGGGGCCUCUCUUGAAAUGCCUACUCCGGCCCGAAGCCGAGAGGAUAAUGGAUGAGGCGCACCGAGGAAUCUGCGCCGCCCAUCAGGGGGCUCACAUGCUCGCCCGAAAGCUAGUCGUCCAGGGGUAUUAUUGGCCGACCAUGAUGAGAGAUUGCAUAGAAUGGAUAGCCAGGUGUAACAUUUGCCAAGCUUUCGCCCGGAAGGACAGUCGGCCGGCCACCUUCUACACGCCGGUCACCACGGCCAUCUCUUUUGCUAAAUGGGGAAUCGACUUUAUACGACACACCAAGGUAUCCGUCGCAUACCCCCAGGCCAACGGACAAGUCGAGAAUGUGAACCGGACCAUAGUGGACGGAAUUCAGAAAAAGUUGGAGGACAUCGGGGGAACUUGGGCGGAUGAGCUCGACCGGGUCCUCUGGGCCUACCGAACUACACAAAGACGGGCGACUGGAGAGAGCCCCUUUUCCUUAGCAUACGGCUUUGAAGCCAAGGUCCCAGUAGAGGUCGUUGAGCCCACCUACCGAGUCCGCAGCUAUUCCGACGAAGAGAACGAAGAAAGCAUCGGAAUUGAAAAGAACUUCCUGGAAGAAAGAAGGGAGGUGGCGUGCGCCCGGAUGGUUGAGUACCAACAAGCCGUAAAGAGGUAUCACGACCGGAGGAUUCGCCCACGAGCCUUCCAGGUUGGCGACCUCGAGUUGCGAGACCGACAGGCAAGCCAGCCCACAGAAGGGGGCAAAUUUGCAAUUAAGUGGGAAGGACCUUAUCGCAUUGCUUCAGUGGUGCAGGCCGGUACCUACAAGCUCGAGACCCUAGAAGGAAAACCCAUAGACCGACUCUGGAACGUCGUCCAUUUGAAGAAAUUAUACCAGUAA